AUGCCAAGGUUGCAGAGUAUAGUCAUGCCAGGGCUGCAGAGUAUAGUCAUGCCAGGGCUGCAGAGUAUAGUCAUGCCAGGGCUGCAGAGUAUAGUCAUGCCAGGGCUGCAGAGUCUAGUCAUGCCAGGGCUGCAGAGUAUAGUCAUGCCAGGGCUGCAGAGUAUAGUCAUGCCAGGGCUGCAGAGUAUAGUCAUGCCAGGGCUGCAGAGUAUAGUCAUGCCAGGGUUGCAGAGUAUAGUCAUGCCAGGGUUGCAGAGUAUAGUCAUGCCAGGGCUGCAGAGUAUAGUCAUGCCAGGGCUGCAGAGUAUAGUCAUGCCAGGGCUGCAGAGUAUAGUCAUGCCAGGGCUGCAGAGUAUAGUCAUGCCAGGGCUGCAGAGUAUAGUCAUGCCAGGGCUGCAGAGUAUAGUCAUGCCAGGGCUGCAGAGUAUAGUCAUGCCAGGGCUGCAGAGUAUAGUCAUGCCAGGGCUGCAGAGUAUAGUCAUGCCAGGGCUGCAGAGUAUAGUCAUGCCAGGGCUGCAGAGUAUAGUCAUGCCAGGGCUGCAGAGUAUAGUCAUGCCAGGGCUGCAGAGUAUAGUCAUGCCAGGGCUGCAGAGUAUAGUCAUGCCAGGGCUGCAGAGUAUAGUCAUGCCAGGGCUGCAGAGUAUAGUCAUGCCAGGGCUGCAGAGUAUAGUCAUGCCAGGGCUGCAGAGUAUAGUCAUGCCAGGGCUGCAGAGUAUAGUCAUGCCAGGGUUGCAGAGUAUAGUCAUGCCAGGGUUGCAGAGUAUAGUCAUGCCAGGGUUGCAGAGUAUAGUCAUGCCAGGGUUGCAGAGUAUAGUCAUGCCAGGGUUGCAGAGUAUAGUCAUGCCAGGGUUGCAGAGUAUAGUCAUGCCAGGGUUGCAGAGUAUAGUCAUGCCAGGGAACGUCACCCAUAAUCAUCCCCCUGACAGGUUCAUCUCCUUCGCAAUGAUAUGCAGAUCAACCUGUCCUCACACUUAA